AUGGCUCGAGAUCUAAUUAACUCUCAAAUAGAACCGAGUUUUCGUAUUUAUGACAGGUUGAAAAGUUGGGCAAAUGAAUCAAAGAGUAAUAAUUUGGUAGAAAAUGCGACUAUAUGUUGUGAGCUUAUUGAAGCUAAUGCUAGCGUGCAGCAUGAACUCUUCCGAAUUUUGAGAAUAUUCGUAUCUCAAGGUAGUUUUUCCACAGAAAACAGUAAACCUCAUCAAGGUAGCGGUGCUAUUGAGACACCAGUUGUUACGUCUUGCUGCAAUGGAAAUUAUUCCUACCCAGUGUCAAACUUCACGAAUAAUGUUCUACGUGAAAUUCAAAAACAACAAUUCCAAUCAUGCAUGCAUACUUCUCCACAGAAAAAAGAAAUUCAAAAUACAUCAGGUCCACCGAAAGAUGUGCCUAGAUUAGAAAAUGAAAUUUUAGAAAGAUUGAUUCAAAGCCAGAUUCAAUGUGAUAGACUUGCAAGCCAAUUGAAAGCUCAAAGUAUGGAGUUAAUUCAACCAACAAUUGAAAACAAAUCAGUUUAUUCAACUCAGAAGAGACCAAGACCUACAAUAGAUACUGAAAGUGUUUUCAAUCAGUCUGCGACAUGUUAUAAUGCUAGACUGCCUGCAAAUACUUCAUACGAUUCCUUUGGAGGUGAAGAUGACUAUCAAAAAAGUGAGAAUUCAUAUGAUCGUUCAACUAGAUACACUUGUGAUAGAGAUGUUGCAAAAAUUUCAACAAAUGGUGGCCAAACUUCUACUCUAAAUCCAACAGAUCUUUUACAGAGUUGGCUUUCACCAUUAGUCAGUCAAUAUAAUGAUUUAUUCACAAAUCUCCGUGUUAGCUGUAUGCGUCGUUUACAGUCAUUCGGACAGACAGACUGUGAACGGAAUCAACGUUUAAUUUUUCAUGCAGUUCAAGCAGGUUUCUUGGUUACUAGUCAUGUAAUUCGUCGUCUGUUUACAAGUCUGCAUGAUACAAACAAUUUCUUCCGAAAGCCUUGCGAAAGACAACUUUCAAUUUUUGACACACCUCUUAGCACUGAUCAAUUGGAAAAGCUUGUAGCUGCAACAUUCAGACGUCUAUCACGUCAUCCUCCACCAGAGUGUGCAUGUCAUAUUACUAUUAAUGAAACAGGUAAAUCAAGUGUAAAGCGACCUACUUCUGUUCGACGUCCAAUCACAUCGCAAGAAUUAGCUUCGCUGACACAACUACUAAAAGAAAUUUGCUCUCUUGCUUGGCAUCUUUUAGCUGAAAAACAAGAAUCACAAUCGUGUACUGAUGAAUCGACUGGUGUCUGUCUAGUUUGGUAUGCUGAUGUGGAUAAAUCAGCUAAACCAGGAGAUGCAUAUGACGACAGGUGUUAUCGAAGAAGUUAUGACUCCGAUGCAACGGCUGGUCAAGUGCAUCAUUAUAUUUGGCCGUGUUUAUUUUUAUUCACCAAAGAAGUAAAUCUAAAUCAAUUACAGUUACAACGACAACAAUUUCACAUAGGAAAUACAAGUAGUAGUGGUAGCCAGAAGAACAAAUUAGUCAAAGCAUGUGUUUUGGUCAAAGGAGAAGCAUGCACACGUAAUCCGAUAAAUUUAGCAUCUCAGAGGGAUAAAGCGGCUGCAUUAUUAAAUCAUGAGCAUUUCUGUCAUUUCAAUUGCAGAAAUAAAUCGCCUAUUAAAUGUGCAAGAUCAAGAUCAACUUCUUGUAGAAGAAUGUAG